GUAAUGCGGCGCUUUCUGGACGAGAAGAGAAAGCAGCGUCCCGUCCUUGGCCUGAGCGAUGCUGAGAAGCUGCGUUGCGCGCCUGCGCGUUCUUGGGGCUCCGCCUGCGAGGCGGCCCGGACCAGUGUGGAGGUUGUUUUCUUCUGAAAAAGUCAUUCGCAAGGACUAUGGUCUCCCGAACCCCAGCUGGAGCAAGGACCUAAGACUCCUCUUUGACCAGUUCAUGAAGAAAUGUGAAGACGGCUCCUGGAAACGUUUGCCUUCAUACAGACAAAAUCCUACUCAAAUCCUUAAAGACUUCCAAACCCGCUUUGUUGACCCCAGUUUUACAAAAGAAGAACAAAUGUCAAAGGCCCAACAGUUCAGCAGAAGCUUUGAGGAAGGCUUGGGCUUUGAAUAUGUGAUGUUCUAUAAUAAAGUGGAGAAGAGGACAGUUUGCUUGUUUCAAGCAGGUCUUCACUUGCAAGGGGUCCCUGGGUAUGUUCAUGGAGGUGCCAUUGCAACCAUCGUUGAUAUCACGACUGGCAUGUGUGCACUUGCUGAGGGAAUUGCCAUGACUGCCAACCUCAAUAUUGACUAUAAAAAACCUAUACCCCUUUGUUCCGUUGUGGUGGUAAACUGCCAAAUUAGUAAGACUGAAGGAAGGAAACUUUUUGUUUCCUGUAGUAUUCAGAGUGUUGAUGAGAAGACUUUACACACGGAGGCAACAGCUUUAUUUAUAAAGCUGGAUCCUGACAAGCGUUUGACAUAAAAAGAACUUCUGCUGAAUCCCACACUGUUCUGCAUGAGGUUCUCCUCCAGAAGCAUCACCGAUCUCUACUCCUGUCCUAGCUGCUGAAUCCCUGGGGGAAAGCCUGGCUCACGGACCCUUGAGAACAACCUCUGAAAUACAGGGCUGCAGGAACUCACCAUCCCCCUCUCAGACUUCAUAAGAAGCACUUCCUGGGAGAGUCUCAGCAUCAUCUGUAUCCCUAGGACAAUAUGUGGUCCUGAAAUGUGAACAGACUCCAAAACUAACAAGCACAGCACUUGCUCCACCUAGAUUGCAGGAAAAAAAGAUUGUGUAGAAACUUACUGCAAGCAUGGAGAAAACGGAGUGGUGUGUAUGGCGUACACUCAUGCUUAAGCACAUACUAUGUGUUACUAAGCUAGGUCUGUUAUAUGUGAACAAACCUCUUUCUGACCAUAUUAGGGAAUACAGCUCAUCCCUAUAGGAAUGGAUCACACACAUCUGUUGUCUGGUGUCCUAGAGAUUAAACUGUUGUUCAUUUUUUC